AUGUUCGGAUUCAUUCAGAGUGCCGACGGAAAACUACCGGGUAACCAGGGUCUUUUGAAUCAGCACCUUGGGAUCAAAUGGGUCCACGAAAACAUGCACGCGUUUACAGGAAAUCCAAAUGACGUCACGAUAUUUGGCGAAUCCGCGGGCGGCGCCUCAGUAGAUUUUCAGUCUCUAUAUUUGGGUAACCAAGGCUACUUCCAACGUGUGAUUGCGCAGAGUGGCACGGUGCUUGAUUACCGGGCAGUGCGUGCGACACCGAACGCAGAGCCGUUCAUUGCCAAGAAAGGCUGCGAGAGGGAACCGGACCCACUUAAAUGUCUUCGCGAGCUUACACCCCGGCAACUCCAAGACGAUGAUACCAAAGACUGGCAACCAUUUAUAGACAGGGACUUUAUUGUAGCGGCCCCACAGGAAAUAAUUUUUGCGGGCGUCGUCAAACCAAAGAACGACAAAAUUGCGGCAAUAAUUGGUAAGGUCCUUGAUUUCGAGUACACGGACUGGAAGCAUCCGAAUGACAGCGCCACCCUGCGGUUCAGUCUAACCAAUAUGGCCAGUGAUGCGGCGUUUUUCUUCCCGACCAUAUCCACAGUGAAAGGGCAUGCGGUGGUGGUGGUGACCGUUUGGCGGUUGUGA